UAAUGCUAGAACAAGAAGCUUUUUUCAGUAAUCCGUGUUAAAAAUGGCGAUCUACGGAGUUUUCCAUUUACAUGGUCGAUAAGCUGGUUUUCUAUUUAUGAUAUAAUUAUUUAGCUGGCAAGAUGUGGUUGAGUAUCACAUUAACAUGGUUUAUUACUGUCUUUGUUAUGACGCCCCUAUUCACUGAAUGUUAUCGUCGCAUGUCCCGUCGUACAUUCCAACGAGGAGGGUCUUCGGCAAACCAGCAGCUGCUGAACAGUCAGUAUCAGGCCGCGAUUCCACAAAGUCCGCCUAAAAUAAACGACCCCGUUCCACAACGACGUCGGAAAACCGUGUCCGUGUACUGCCAUGAAGAAGCGAUAGAGGUCGUGAUGAACACAGACCUGUUUGCGUCGGGGUUUCCAGUGUAUGCUGAGGAGCUGUGGCUGGGGUCCGAAUCACUGCUGAACAAAGCGUCUGCAGCAUCAUGUGGAGCUGCGCAAACCGGGAAAUCACAGUUAACCAUACUGGCUUAUUUCAGAGAUUGUGGAACCAAACUAUCUGUAACUGCGGAUUCUCUGGUAUAUUCAAAUGUCCUUGUGUACUCCCCUCGACCAUCUCCUGAUGGUGUACUUUACCAGGAAGGUGCAGUCAUACCUGUUCAGUGCCAAUACCGCAGGUGGUACAGUGUUGACAGUGCGGCAGUGGCACCCACUUGGAUCCCAUUUGCAUCUACUGCUUCAGCCACAGAUUUUCUGGAUUUUAGCCUCCGAUUGAUGAGUGAUGACUGGCAGAAUGAGAGGGGCUCAAACGUCUAUUUUCUUGGGGAUGCGAUACCACUUCAAGCAUCGGUUACCUUGGCCAAACACUCCCCCCUCCUCCUGUUUAUUGACUGGUGUGUGGCUACACCAACUUUUGGCUUGGAUACUAGUGACAUCAAAUAUUCCUUUGUAGAUUAUCAUGGAUGUCUUUCAGACAGUAGGAGUUUGUACUCUCGCUCCAAGUUCUUGCCGAGGAGCCAAGGCAACAAAUUAAACCUGCUACUGGAUGCCUUCAGAUUCCACAAGCUGACCAGCAACUUGGUGUUCAUCACAUGUUACCUGAAGGCCAUCCCUACGGUGUAUUCUGUGAGCUCUCAGAAUCGAGCAUGUUCUUUUAUUGAUGGAAGGUGGCAGUCUGUGGAUGGAAAUGAUGAGGUGUGUAACACCUGUGAGCCGUCCAAACAAGCUGCGGCAGAGCCUAAACCAAUCCAGCCUUUCCGCAUCACACUAGCCCCUCCCGUCAGGCAGCCUUAUUUGGCCCGAAAACCGGGACCUGCUAAUUUCUUUCGUGCGAGACCCGUUCAGUCAUUAGAACCCUUUAAAUCUUUCGUGCAAUCAAGGCAGUAUGCUUAUGGUGGUCUGUCAAAGAGAGGAACCGACGCCAAAGACUGGGGUAAGAUUGCCACCUUGGGUCCUCUGUUUCUGACCCCAAAGCAAGAAACCACCACCCAAUCAACUGGGUUCCCACAAUCCGGCCCAGCUGAGGUCUUCUCGGCAUCCGUUGCUGAGGAGCCAGAGCUCUUAUUCAACUCGACCAAGAUGAGUCCCGUGACUGAUGAGCUGGAGUUUAAAACCGAUCAAGAGACCGGAAGCUUCAGUCCAUUAGAGCAGGGCCUGUUCCUUAAUGCUUCUCUUUUCAGUUUAGAUGAGGGGAGUGGGUUUGAACAAUGACCUUCCGCUUAAGAAAAAUGAGCUCAAGGAAAAAUGGAAACUGACAAUGUGACUUUUUCUAAAAAUAAAAUUUUAGAACAUGUCUUGUUCCUUGACAUUACUUUAAAUUCUGUGGUCAGAAAUAUGUUCAUGCAUUAAUACAUAAAUUUCAAUUGCUGAAGUUUGUAUUUGAUUCGGAGAAAUAAAUUGCACA